AAUUGUCAUUUUCCUAAGAGGGUUGAAGAUUUAAGGUAUUAUUGAUUUUUUAUUAAAUCAAGUUGUUUAACAAUAUUCUUGUAUUAAUUAUACUCGAACGAAAAAGGUAUGGUUAAUCUCGUCGAUACUUUAAUGAUAAAUACGGUGACGGAAGGGGCAAUGAAUGUUUUACGCAGUAUUGGAGUUUUUAAAACUAAGACAAUAGAAUCAGCACCACGUCCUAUUGUCAUAAAAAUGCCUCUUUGGGAAUUAGCACAACAAGCAGGGCCUUUCGUAAGGCUUGCAGGGUUAAGUGGUGCAGCCGCCGUUGUUCUAGGAGCUAUGGGAGCACAUCGUACUUUUCCAGAAACUGAAUCUAAAGAAGACUUAAAGAAAAUUUUCGAAACUGCUAAUAGGUUUCACUUUUUGCACACACUAGCUUUAAUGACGGUGCCCUUAUGCAGAAGACCUUAUAUUGCUGGUUCUUUCUUCAUUACUGGAAUGGGCCUGUUCUGUGGGACAUGCUAUUACCACGCCUUCACAGGAGAGAGGGCUCUACGAAGGCUCACACCUAUUGGAGGAUCUUGUCUUAUUCUUGGGUGGCUCGCCAUGGUACUUUAAUGUGACCCUUACCCUUUAUCGUAUGCAAUUUAGUAUUAGUAUUUAGUAUCUUCAUCACAUGCUUAGACAGAUCUAUCAUUCCAAUUUAUUCUUUGUUUACAGUUAAGUGAAACUUAUAGAACUAAUGUUACCUAUUCUUUAUGUUUAGUAUGUAAACUUAGUGGUUGUGUACAAGGUUUACUUUAUAUUGUUGAUCAUUUUGCUAUCUAUUUUUUAAUUGAAAUGGUUAUUUGAAUUAAGUUAGUUUCCCAUAGGCUCGUGGCAAAAUUAAGUUCUGAUUUUUCAAAUUGAAAACAUAUUUUUACCAUCAAUAAUUACUUGGAGCAUUUAGCAUUUUCUGUUACUAAAUAAUUAUGAAAAUACUAAGAUCUUGAAAUAAUGUCAACUUACAGCAAAGAAAGUGUUAAUGAAGGUAAUAGUGUUGAAAAUGUAUAUUUAUUUUUUUAAGCUACUACAGCAAUGUAAAUAUCCUUAUAUAAAAUAAAAUUUGUUUUUUUUUUU